CUCUGGUAAGCGCCUUGUGACCAUGGCGUUUCUUGGAGCAGUUUGACGCAGACUAGUGGGAAAAUACACUGAGAUAAUUAAUCUGUUAUUCGCUGUUGCAUUCCUAACCCCGGAUAAUUUGAAAAGCAAAUAUGGGGUCGCGAAUAAAAGACAAUCCCGAAACAACCUUUGAAGUUUAUGUCGAAGUGAUGCACCCGGGGUUCAGUAACUCAGAUCCUGAGGUGCGGCGGCAAUUCCCUGAAGAGUACAGUGACCAGGAAACGCUACAGACUUUGACCAAGUUUUGUUUCCCCUUCAAUGUCGACAGCCUCAGUGUAAACCAAGUGGGCCAGAACUUUACAUUUGUUCUGACAGACAUUGAAAGCAAACAGAGAUUUGGAUUUUGUCGGUUAUCAUCAGGAGCAAGGAGUUGCUUUUGUAUCUUGAGCUAUCUUCCUUGGUUUGAGGUAUUCUACAAACUUUUAAAUGUCUUAGCAGACUAUACAGCUAAAGGACAGGACAACCAAAGGAAAGAAUUGCUGGAAACAUUAUACACACUUUCUAUACCAGAGCCAGGCGUUCCUGUUCAUCUUAGUGUGCAUUCCUAUUUUACUGUGCCUGACAUUAGAGAACUCCCAAGUAUACCAGAAAAUAGAAACCUAACAGAAUAUUUUGUAGCAGUAGAUGUCAAUAACAUGCUUCAUCUCUAUGCUAGUAUGCUUUAUGAACGUCGAAUCCUCAUCUGCUGUAGCAAACUAAGCACUUUAACUGCUUGUGUCCAUGGUUCUGCAGCAAUGCUAUAUCCUAUGUACUGGCAGCAUGUUUACAUCCCAGUCCUCCCACAGCAUUUGAUUGACUAUUGUUGUGCCCCCAUGCCCUACCUCAUUGGAGUACAUUCAAGUCUCAUGGAGAAAGUGAAAAGCAUGGCUUUGGAAGAUGUGGUCAUUCUGAACGUGGACACCAACACACUAGAAACUCCAUUUGAUGAUCUUCAAAGUCUCCCUAAUGAUGUGGUUUCUUCAUUGAAGAACAGACUGAAGAAAGUAUCUACAUCUACAGGCGAUGGUGUUGCCCAUGCGUUUCUAAAAGCUCAGGCAUCUCUCUUUGGCAGCUAUAGAAAUGCCCUGAAGAUUGAACCUGAAGAACCAAUAACAUUCAAUGAAGAAGCCUUUGUGUCUCACCGUUCCAGUGCCAUGAAACAGUUUCUUCAAAAUGCCAUCCAGCUUCAGCUGUUUAAGCAGUUCAUUGAUGGGCGUCUGGAUCUUCUCAAUUCAGGCAGGGGUUUCAGUGAUGUUUUUGAAGAGGAGAUAAACAUGGGAGAAUAUGCAGGUAGUGAUAAAACAUACCACCAGUGGCUGUCAACUGUAAAGAAAGGAAGUGGAGCUCUCAUAAAUACAAUGAAAACGAAAGCAAACCCAGCGAUGAAAACCGUCUACAAGUUUGCAAAAGAUCAUGCACGAAUGGGAAUAAAGGAGGUGAAAAAUCGGUUGAAGCAAAAGGAUAUUGCAGAGAAUGGCUACUCAAUGGCGGCAGACGAAUCACAGCAAAAGGCUGCCCCCUCGCCAUCUACUGAGAGAAAGGAGCCAAGACAGCGAGAAGAGCGGCGUCCAAUAACUGUGCAUUUUGGACAGCCUGAGCGAGUCCGCCCUCCUCGCCCUCCUCCUCCCAAGCUGCAGCGCUCCACAAGGCCUGCCCGCCCUCCUCGACCUCCAGUGGUGAAGAGACCCAGGAGCAAUGUGGCAGUGGAUGGGCGUAGGACGUCAGUGUCGAGUCCUGAACAUGUGGCACGGCCAACCAAACACUACACCGUCUUCCUGUCUGAGGACUCCUCGGGUGACGAAUUCCAACGAGAUGAGGAAUCAGUUUCUGGCUUCCCUGAAAACUUUCUAUUUUCUGCUCCUUUUGAAUGGCCUCAGCCUUACAAAACACUCAAGGACACAGACGUUGCGGAUGGGGAGGAGCAGGUGGGCUCCGAGACAGCCGUGGGACACACAGCUCCUGCUAGCCCGGUAGAUUCGGGAAAGAUCAGCGAGGUAAAUCUACUGGAUGAUAUUUUCAGCAGCCUGGACAUGGACUCGGAGAAUCAACCCUUGAGCCAAGCUAAAAGCCUGGAGGACUUGAGGACCCCCAAAGAUGAAGCGGGACAACAAAUUAAGUUUGGUUACCAGCGAAUGGAUCCAGGUUCAAGUGACUGGACCAGAACUCUCCCAGGACUGAAACAUUCAAAUCCUUACAAUAAGCUGUGGAGCAUGGGUCAGGAUGACAUGGCAAUUCAAACCAAAUCCAGUCUUCUUUCUUCGGAGAGGCCACUUGCGGUUCAUCUUGAUGUUUCUUCGGAAGCGCAGCAGCCUCCAAGCAUGGAGAGUACAGCCAUACUAGCUGACAAAACCGAGUCGACAGCUGGGAGUCAGUGCAGCAUUACCAUACCCCGCCCUCAUGGCCGAAAAACCCCAGAGCUUGGUAAAGUCCUUGCUCCACCAGUCCCGCUACCACGUUCUGUGAGGCAUCUGCCCUUGGUGGGAAGUGGAGAUGCAGGAAAGUCAUCAAGUACCAAUUUAACUUCUGAAUUCGGCCAAGAAUCCUUUGGAACGGCAAACAAAGCUGGUGCCCAAGAAUUCCGGCAGGCGUUAAAUGCGUCUCCGUUACACAUACAAAGUCAGCUGAGUGGCCCAGACAUACUAAAACCUAUUAAAGUUGGCUCUGAGAGUAGCACUACUGGCAGUGCAGACCUCUUAAGUCUUUUGGACCCAUUAAGCACAGGUGGGAUUUCACAAAGCAGCGAGACCGAAAAUUCUGGGGGUUUAUCUACACUGGCACCAGGAUCAUCUUCCAAUCCGGCACUCUUCACUCCACUUCGGUCCGAAUAUAAUCCACCAUCUUCCACUUUUGUGCCGCAGGUGGGAUACUCUCCUGCUACCACACCAGUUGUACAGUUUCAGCAACCCUCUCUCAAUCCCUUUGCCCCAUCUGUGCCUGCAAGACUGCACUACCCUGCUGUGGGGCCUCCGGGAACUCAUUAUGCUGCCUCAGCCAGUAACCCAUUUAGCUCCAACUAUUUACCACCCACCAGUGGCUACUUCCCAGCCCAGACCAUACCAAAAUUCUCAGCAUCGUCUCUUCCUUCAGUGUUUAACCCACCAACUGCUUUAGGACAAGUCAGCGGGACCUUUGUGAGUCAGAGCGGCACCCAGCCCCCAUUUGGAGAGUCGGCCACUUUAACUGGCAGUGCUGCCAGUCUUAACUACCCAAGGCCUUUAAGCAUUUCUUUGGAAAGACCACUGUCAGUGCCCAGCCAGGAAGUACCCCCGGUCACCACGAAACCAGCGGAGGAUCCAUUUGAAGAUUUAUUAACUGUAACAAAGCAGGAGGUGCUUCCAGGUCAAGGCAGGGUGGAUCAAUUACGCAAGAGAUGGGAAACAUUUGAGUAGCUGAUGUACCCCUUGCUGGGUCCAGAGGGUAUUUAUGAAUGCAAGCACCAUGGAAGCCAGCCAACAUUUUCUGUUUUUGGGAGAUUAUUAAAUCAUUUCAUACUUUUAGGAUGCGGGGUCCUUUGCAGAAAUUUGCUGGUGGAAAAUGGGCCAAUAUUUCUGCUUUUGGUUGAUUACAAAAUCAUUUCAUAUUUACAGAAAACUGCCGGCGGAACAUGGGAUGAUAUUUCUUUUUUUGCUUGAUCACAAAGUCAUUUCGUAAUGACAGUAUUUAGGGCUGGGUGGAAAUGAACAUUAAUUUUGCAUUUAGAAAGAGCCCUGUGUUUUUGCUGCUGAUUGAUUGCCUAAGUCGUGUCUCUUGAAAAUUUGUGGACUGAUAAACCACAAGACGAUAACUAAGUUAUAUUUGUAAGUUGAUGGCUACUAUCCCUUUCUUUGUACUUUGAAUAAAACUGUUAAGCUGAAUUAUGCUUCAACCCUA